GACCUAGCGAGCCGAACCAAUAAAGUGAGCGAGCGCAAACCAAAAUCAGUUCUUCCCCGGUGCCGAACGGCGGCGCAGCCGAGAGCCCGAACCAGCUCGCACCGCGUCCGCACCCUCUCCCGCGCCGUCACCGCCCAAUUUCGCAAUCCCGCCUCCCCGCCCGGACGCGCCGCCGCCUCUCCUGCGGCGAGGUGGAGGCGGUGGGAGCCCGGCCCCAUGGCGAGCGGCGGCGGGGACGACGACGCGGGGGUGAAGCGCGUGGCGGACCGCUACCUGAAGCGCGAGGUCCUCGGCGAGGGCACGUACGGUAUCGUCUUCAAGGCCAUCGACACCAAGACUGGGAACACAGUUGCGAUUAAGAAAAUCAGGCUAGGGACGUACAAGGAAGGUGUGAACUUCACUGCAUUGAGGGAAAUUAAACUGCUCAAGGAGCUGAAAGAUCCUAAUAUUAUAGAGCUAAUUGAUUGUUUCCCUUACAAGGGAAACUUGCACCUUGUAUUUGAGUUUAUGGAGACUGACUUGGAAGCUGUCAUACGAGAUAGGAACAUUGUAUUGUCUCCAGCUGACACAAAAUCAUAUGUUCAGAUGAUGUUGAAAGGUCUAGCUUUCUGCCAUAAGAAAUGGGUGCUACACAGGGAUAUGAAACCAAAUAAUUUACUCAUAGGUCCUGAUGGGCAGCUCAAGCUUGCUGACUUUGGUCUGGCACGUAUAUUUGGAAGUCCAGGAAGGAACUUCACUCACCAGGUCUUUGCACGUUGGUACCGUGCACCAGAAUUAUUAUUUGGCUCGAAGCAGUAUGGAUCUGCAGUGGAUAUUUGGGCUGCUGGAUGUAUUUUUGCUGAACUGCUUCUUCGCCGACCCUUUCUCCAGGGUACUAGUGACAUUGAUCAACUUGGGAAGAUCUUCGCUGCAUUGGGAACUCCAAAGUCUUCUCAAUGGCCGGACAUGGUUUAUCUUCCAGAUUAUGUUGAGUAUCAAUUUGUCGCUGCACCUUCUCUUCGUUCAUUGUUUCCGAUGGCCAGUGAUGAUGCUUUAGAUCUUCUAUCAAAAAUGUUUACAUAUGACCCAAAAGCAAGAAUCACUGCUCAGCAGGCUUUAGAACACAGGUACUUUUCAUCAGUACCAGCUCCAACAAAACCAUCACAGCUUCCAAGGCCAUCGCGGAAGGGAGACUCGGGGAAUAACAAGAUACCAGACCUGAACCUGCAGGACGGCCCUGUGGUGCAGUCCCCGCCAAGAAAGUUACGGAGGGUGACAGCGCAUGAAGGGAUGGAAGGUAAUAUGCACCGGGUGGAUAAAGCGGAAGAGCAUCCUUCAGGGGCGAGGCACACUGAUGACAUGUCCAGUCAGAGUGCUAGAAUUCCAAUGUCUGUUGAUGUUGGAGCUGUGUUUGGCACACGACCAGCUCCUAGACCAACCUUGAACAGUGCUGACAAGUCCCGUUUAAAACGAAAACUUGAUAUGGAUCCAGAAUUUGGAUACGGAGAGUAAACGAAACAAGUUCACAGGCACUAUUGUUUUCUUACUGGCAUGCUCAAUUUUAAACUAUUCUUUGGGAGACAGUUUGACUAUUUACCAACAAAAGAGGAUCUGUUGAAAGCCAUAGAACUUCACUGAAGGAUGCUGACAGUCAACUGAGCUGUUAUGAAUUAACUGUACAGCCGGCUCAUCAAGAGGAAAUUGAAGCUAAUUUACUCUGAGUUGUGCACAGGAGCCGAAUUCCGUAAGGAAGGCUCCUAAACCUAUAUGCUUUAUGGGAUGCAUCAUGAGCUGAGAAUGUGUGAUUUAUGGGAUACAUCAUGAGCUGAGAAUGUGUGAUUUAUGGGAUACAUGAGUUUGCUCUUGUUAGAAUGUGUUUGCUUGUACGUGUUUGCAAAGAUUGUGCCGAAAUAUUUGGUUAAUUUUCUGUGGUGUCAAAUUUCAUUCUAUUCUUGUACGGACACUGAGCUGUGAGCAUUUUUCAGUCGGAUGUAUUCGGUAAACUAAGAGCAGCUUGUAUUAUUUGACACGUUUCCCUGUGACAUGAUAAAGCACUGCAUGACGAAAAAGGAAAAAUGUUUAACGAUUUUCUGUUAUAUAAUUACAAUGUGUAUUUUUUUA